AUGUGGCUCGAUCGCCUUUCUGGCCACUCGACUCCUUCGGGAACACCGCCACCUCUCAACAACCGCCAAAGAUCGCCGCGUCCUCCUCCGUCACAAGCCUUUCGCCCAAGCUUGCACCCUCGUUCCUCCUCUACCUCGCUCCUGCUCACUCCGAACGACUCGAGUACUUCCCUGCCGACCACGGCCAGAAUCCCGUCCAAUGGACCCCCACACAAAUCCGCCCUCGCGCGCACGCCGCCUCCUGGAACCGCUGGUCCGGUAGAUGUGCUUUAUGGCAUCAUCGGGAGGAAGACGGCAGACAGCCUGGGAGAGCCUCCGAUGGAAAAACCCACGCAAUUAGUCGACGCUAUUGAUUUUGGGGAGCUUAGUCUUGAAGAAUUCGUCACCCGAGGAAAGGACUCGGGAGGAAUUCUCAGCAGCGAAGCGGGUGUUGCAACCAUACAACAAUUUGAGGGCGACCGAGACAAAUUCCAGGAGCUCCAUAAUGCCAUCGUGGAUUGUGACGACGUCCUCAAAUCGGUCGAAUCAUACCUCUCAGACUUCCAGUCCGAACUUGGCACCGUUUCCGCCGAAAUCGAAACACUACAGACGCGAUCCGUGCAGUUGAAUGCCAAGCUGGAAAAUCGGCGCAACGUUGAACGACUACUCGGUCCUGCGGUCGAGGAAAUCAGUAUAUCACCAAAAACAGUCCGGGUUAUUUCCGAGGGGCCCAUCGAUGAGAACUGGGUCAAGGCCCUGAACGAGGUCGAGGCCCGCAGUGCGAGUAUCGAAAAAUCAGCCGGCUCGUCUGUGAAGGCUGUAGAGGAUGUGAACCCGCUGCUCGUCGCUCUUAAACACAAGGCUACCGUCAGAAUCAGAGACUAUUUAGUCGCCCAAAUCAAAGCCAUCCGUUCGCCAAAUAUGAACGCUCAGGUCAUUCAGCAGCAGCACCUUGUCAAAUACAAAGAUUUAUACUCGUUCCUAUCGCGAGCUCACCCAGCCCUUUCAGACGAGAUAACACAAGCCUAUGUAAAUACGAUGCGAUGGUACUACUUGUCGAAUUUUACACGCUACAUCCAAGCGUUGGAAAAGCUUAAAAUCCAUGCAUCUGAUCAGAACAAUGUCCUUGGAGGAGACCCUUCCGCGCAGAGAAGCAGUAGUGGUGGUCCAGGUGGAAGAGGUGUCGCACAUGACCCAUUCUCUCUUGGAAGGCGGAUUGAGGUUCUCAGGACAACCAGUCAUAUGGCAAUCAGUUCAUAUAUUGCCGAAGAAGAAAAGGCCACACAUGGGUUUGAGGUGCCAUUUAGAAACUUCAAUUUGGCAUUGGUUGACAAUGUCUCGUCGGAAUACUCUUUUCUCACGAAGAUGUUUUCGGUCAAGUCCUUUCAUCACAUUUCUCGGACAGCGAGCGAGAUUUUCGAGCCGUUGUUCACUUUGGGUUCGGCCAUGACAAAACAGCUCACCGACAACACGACCGACUGCCUCGGUGUUCUCCUCUGCGUGCGGUUAAACCAGCGAUCAGCCUUUGAGCUCCAGCGACGGAAAGUGCCAGUGGCUGAGACAUAUAUAAACGGAAUCAAUAUGCAUCUAUGGCCUCGAUUCCAAAAGAUCAUGGACUUGCAUUGCGAGUCUCUCAAACGUCUUUCAUCUGGUGCUGCACGAAGUUCCGUAUCUGCCCUAUCUCUGACAAUGGAUGAAGCGAAACAGUCCUCGGCGCCUCAUUUUCUCACACAGCGAUUCGGCCAACUGCUGCAUGGCAUUUUGUGCCUGAGCAGCGAGGCCGGCGACGACGAACCCGUGUCGAACAGUCUUAGUCGACUGGGUACGGAAUUCGAUGCACUGCUAGCCAAACUAGGCAGGGGAUCUGGCGAUACUAAACGGCGAGAACGAUUCUUGUAUAAUAAUUACUCGUUGAUUUUGACUAUAAUCAGCGAUACGGAUGGUAAACUAGCGAAUGAACAGAAAGCGCACUUUAACGAGAUGUUAAAAAAUGUAUCGAAACGCGGUUGA